AUGUGGGGCGACUCGGCCGGAUCACCCUUCGCUUUCACAUCUACGGAGUACGAAGUGCCGAUGUUACAAGCCUUGAUGAUACGACAACGGUCCGCUCGUGCAUGUCUUGCUUGUCGUCAACGCAAGAGAAAAUGUGACGGCGAGCUUCCAUGUAAUACCUGCGUCGGAUACGACUAUGAGUGCAGCUAUGAUUCAGUUCAAGGGGCUCCGAAAAGAAAGCGUCAGUCCGAGGAAGAAAUACCCUCAGUGCCCAAAUUUGCCCGCAUAUCACCUGAGCCACAGAGCCGCAGGCAAAAUGCCUCAGCCCCCUCGGGAAUUCUUGACUCUACCAAGUCAAGAUUUGUCGGGAGGUACUCCAGUGUUGCGUUUCCACUAUGCGUUGGCUUGGAGCUGCAGGCAGCCAAGCCCCCGCGGCUGCAUUCCUUUGCUUAUCACACUGGAAAGAGGAAAGAGCCCGAGUCUAUGGCGCGCUUGCAGCUGGCAGAACGCAUGUCAUGGAACACUAUCAGGGGCCAAUUGGAUUACUACUUUCUCACGAUCCACCCGGUGUUCGGAUUUUUGGACGAAAGUCUUAUCUACGAGCGAUGUGAAAAACACUGGCAUAGCGAGCCACAAUCUCCUGAUUUUGAGGCUAUCAUUGCUGGAUUGGCGGCUUUGACUUGCUUGUUCAAUAGUUUUACGGGACCAGACGAGGAGACGUGGCUCGCCUUGCAUGCCAAGGAGAUAUUGGAAGAUCCGUUCGUGAGUCGGUUCCCAUCUGUCGACCAAGUCGCAGGCUGGAUUUUACGAACCAUAUAUCUCCGUUCGACGACCAGACCCCACGUGGCUUGGAUUUGUAGUUGCACGAUGAUGCAUCUGGUCGAGGCGACUGGGCUUCAUCGGGCCCCACAGUCCCUGAUACUGGCUACCGAGAAGGGCUUGGAAGUUUCGACACCCAAACUAUCCGAUAGUGUCCAAAAAACAGCCUGGGUGGCUCACUGCUUACAUGUUGUCAUAGCUUAUGAGUAUGGCAGGUCUGUGAUAAAUCUUGGGUUCCCAUCUCAAGAGUCUCUGCCACGCUCAACGUGCGCGACAGACUUCACUCCUCGGUUGUGUCGUCUCAUUCAAGCUAUCCCUAUUUCUCCAAAGGCUUCUGACUCAGUCGCCACAAUAAACGAAUUAUCGGACGCCCUGAGAUCCUUGGUAGAACAAUUUGUCGCCCAUGACUUUUUGAUACUGGUCCGAGCAGAUUUGGCUUUUUCCAUCUACCGGAGGAUUCGCCUACUCAAGUCAAACUUACGAGAGAGCCUACUUGAAGAGGUCAUAUCUCUUGGCAUGUCUUCUUUACGUGCAGCACGCGAUUUGGUGACCCUAGGCCAGCCCUGGUGGAACGUGAUCAGUACUGUAUUCCAAUUCGUCUGCGUUCUUCUGGCUAUCGACACUGAUGCCAGUGUCACGCGCCUCCCCAAAGUUAUGGAAACAUUGGAGAUGAUUGUGUGCGCACUCAAUACCCACCUCGCAAAGGAGGCCCUUGCCACGGCUCGAAAUUUGGUACAAGCCUCUCUCGAAAAAAGGCGCAAAGGCAUCAAAACAUUAGAAAGUAUAGUUGGUCCCGCAAGUGAUAUGCCUGCCGACAGCGAGAAUCAACCAAAAGACAACCCGGAGCCUGCUUUCGCUUAUCACUACCCUCUGGAACCUUCUGAUCUGGAUUUAUUCUCGGAUAUGGAUUUCUUCAAUUGA